AAGUAAACUAGCUGGGGCUUUGGAGAACAGAGUUCCAGAACACAGAGGACUUGCUCAGAAAUUUGAGGAUGAAUCUUAUUCCACUGUCAGCCCUUUUAGCAUUUUUCUAUAGCUUUGCACUAGGUAAACCUGUCCAGGUAGCCACAAGAAAUAAGGACAUGGAGAGUGAUACAAUUCUGCAUGAGGGUGACAUUGUCUUGAGAAGGAAACGCAGUGCCAUAAACUGUGACAGCAGCUGCUUCUGGCCCAAGUCCCAUGAUGGGCUAGUCAGCGUCCCAGUUAAUGUUUCUACAGAGUUUUCUGUGGCAGAGAGGACUUGGAUUGCUGAAGCCAUGCAGGAAUUCGCUACCCUGACAUGUGUCCAGUUUAUAAACCGCACGACAGAAACCAACUAUAUAAGUAUUGUACCUGGGAAGAGCUGCUGGUCUCACUUUGGAAAGAUUGGAGGUAUGCAGGAGGUGGGCCUGAUGAAAACUGGCUGCAUGAGUAAAGGAGCAAUUCAGCAUGAAAUGAACCAUGCUCUGGGUUUUUUACAUGAACAGGCCCGGAGUGACCGGGACAACUAUGUUAAGAUCAUGUGGGAAUACAUUAUGGCAGGGGAACAGGGGAACUUUGGGAAAGAGAAUUCCAAUAACCUGGGCCUUCCCUACGACUAUUCCUCAGUGAUGCACUAUGGCACAUUUGACUUCUCUAACACCUCUGGGAAAGCAACUAUUGUACCGAUUCCUGAUCCCUCUGUACCCAUCGGACAGAGAGAGGGACUGAGUAAUCUUGACGUGGCUAAAAUCAACAAGCUCUAUAGUUGCAAUUGCUGUAGCAAUGUGCUGCAUAAACCUAAUGACACCUUCUCGUCUGUCAAUUACCCAUCCUCAUAUCCAGACAACAGCAACUGUCUGUGGCUCAUUCGCAUCCCACAGCAUCAGGUUUUCCUUCAGUUUGAUGCUUUUGAUCUUCAGCCUUCCCCAGACUGUACCUCUGACUACAUCAGAAUUUAUGAUGGAAGCAGCAGGAAUUCCAGUGUCUUACUGGACAAGUUGUGUGGGAUGGGGUCCUUACCAUCAUUGGUGGCUUCUAGAAACGUGAUGCUUCUGGAGUUUGUGAGCGAUGAGACUACUGCAGCAACAGGUUUCCAAGCCUCCUAUAGCCAGGUGAAAUGUGGAAGCACUUUGAUGGGCACAAGUGGGGUGAUCACCUCCCCAGACUACCCCAACAGGUACCCCAAAAACCAGGACUGCUUCUGGAUCAUCAGUGCUCCAGCAGAUCGCAAGAUCUCUCUAAAAAUGGUCUCCUUUGAGCUGGAGGACAUUGAUGAAUGUAAGUACGACUAUUUGCUUAUUCAUGAUGGGAGCCGACCCACAUCUCCAGCUGUGGGCCCAUACUGUGGGACAAUGCAGAUUGCAGACUUUACCUCCUCUGAGAACUUUGUGCUGGUAGAAUUUCACAGCGAUGUUUCUUGGGUGUUUCCUGGAUUCAUGCUGAACUACACUUUUGUUAUGACAUCAUGAAGGAAACUCAAGGAAAAUCUUCUUCCGCCAGUGCCAGGAAGAAAGAAAAGAGUGCCUGGAAGGACAGUGAUUCACCUUGCUCUUUACCAUUUGCCUGCAAUAUAUUUUUUCAGACACUGGUUCAUUUUCAACACCAAAAUGAAUGCUCUUCGCUAAUAUAGAUGUAGGAAUCUGAACUGCGAGACUGGUAGUACCAUGAUGGGAUGGGGUACAGAGAAGUGGAGCUUGGGAAUACUAUGUGGAUACCACACAUUCUCAGCUCUGGUAAGAGGAGCUGUAAAGUCUCCCCAUAUUGCACAUGGUUGCCUCUUUGGAUUUGCACCUUGGAUGGAGAAUAUAACAAAAUUUUAACUUUACUCACCCAUGCUGUGGUCUCUCUCUGGCUUUGUCUUCACUGCUGAAAACGUGCAUUUUUUUACCUCAGGUUAACUAAUGUGUGUGAGGUAAAUGAGGUGAUAUCAACACCAGACAGGGGCAUAGUGCUGAUCUUGCCUAGUUUACCUCAUAAUAAAACUAAAGUGCCUGUGUUUUACCUCAGGAUUGCCCACACAUGUUAGUUACCCCAAGGCACAAAAAACCCCAAAUGACAACAAAACCCUUUUUUUUUUUUUUUUUUUUCAGAUAAGACAGUUUUGGGUUACAGCAUUCAGGCCAUGGGGUUACAUGGGGGCACUCCAGAAAGUUACGCCAAAUCAACUAAAGGUAUGAAGUCAAUGGGCAUAAAUUAAAGCAAAUCUGUCGUCUCUCUUGCCCCUAUGGUCUCAUUCAGGAGUAAAGUGGCCUUAGUCUGCUGUAACUUAAUCCUAUAUGCAUGCAGUAUUGUUGUAGCCAUGUUGGUCCCAAGAUAUUAAAGUGACAAGGUGGGUGAGGUAAUAUCUUUUAUUGGACCAACUUCUGUUUGUGAGAAGAGCUCUAUGUAAGCUUGAAAACUUGUCUCUCUCAGCAGGAGAAGUUGGUCUAAUAAAAGGUAUUACCUCACCCACUUUGUCUCACUUAAUCCUAAUGCCAUUCUACUCCUGAGUGAAACCAUUAGUGGGGGAGGGCAACAACAUACUUUCAUUUAUGUAUAUUGGCUUCACACCUUUAGUUCAUUGCCUUAACUUUUGGGAGUGUCCUUUGUAGGCAUGUCUGGCUUAAGUCAACACUGCAGUGUCCUCUUCUCACAACAUCCUCGCCCUUCAUUCCUUGUUCAUGCCCACUUGCAUCCCUAUUAACAGCUUGUUAAAGCCACUGCAGCUACAUACCUUAUCUUCAACUUGCAGUCCUCUGGCCAUUAACCUUCUAUAUGGCAGCGUCCCUGUGGCUGCUUUCCAAGCUUCAUUUUGUACUGGAACAUCUAUACACAUAGCCUACCCGCAUCAGAUGGUAAGCUUUCCAGGCCAGGGUCUGUGUCUUCAUAUGCAUGUAUAUAGCACCCAGCACAACGGAGCCCCAGUCCUGAUUGUAUUGCAGUAGUGCUCAAAGGCCUCAAAUAAAUUAUCAUAAUGAUGAUCUAUGACUGAAGCAGUUUUUUAAAAAUAAUAAUCCCUAUCACUAGAUAUCAAGCACUUUACAAAAGAGGUCAGUAUUAUUCCCCCAUUUUACAGACAAGGAAACUGAGGCACAGAGCAGGGAUGUGACUUGCUCAAGAUUAUCCUAGUAGAGCUGGGAACGGCCCAGGAACUACAGCCUGUAGCUGAUCUCUGGCUCCUGGAAGAAGCCUGUGGAAGCCUAUAGAUGGCUCUUUAAGGUUCUAUCUUUCUCUGCUGAAUUAAAGAGCCCUUUAGAACCUGGUAUUUUCUUCCCAGGAAGAUACUUAUACUGCAAUCAAGAAACCUCAAUUUUCUUUUUGAUAAUUGAAGCAGAUUGAGCUCUUCAAGUCUCUCACUGUAAGGCAUUUUCUCCAGCCAUCAAAUCAUUGGUGGCUCUUUUCUGUACUCUCUCUCUCUCUCUCUGAUUUUUCAACAUCCUUUUUAAAAUGUUGAGACCACAACUGGAUGCAGUACUCCAGGUUCAGUCUCAUCAACGCCUUAUAAAGAAGCAAAAAAUCACUUCCCUACUGCAACUCACUAUGCCUCUGUUUAUACACCCACAGAUCAAAUUAAGCCCUUUUUGCCACAGCACCACACUGGGCGCUCCUGGAGAGUCCCUUGUUCACUCUGACAGCUAAAUCCUUUUUCAGAGUCACUGCUUUAGCAUACAGUCCCCCAUUCUGUAGCUCUUGCCUGCAUUCCCUUGUUCCUAGAUGUAGACCUUUGCAUUUGUCUGUAUUAAAACAGCUUUUGUUUAAGUGGGCCCAGCUUACCAACUGAUCUAAAUCCCUCUGUAUGACUGGCCUGUCCCUAUCAUUAUUUACCACUCGGCCAGUCUUUGUUGUCUGCGAAUACGAUCAGCAGUAAUUUUAUAUUUACUUCCAGAUCAUGGAUGGAAAUGUUGAAUGGCAUCAGGCUGCUAUUAAUCCCUGCAGAAUUCCACUAGAAACACCCCUCUUCAGUGAUGAUUCCCCAUUGACAGCUACUUUGAGAUCUGUUAGCCAAUUCUUAAACCAUUUAACUUGUACGCUAUUGAUAUUGUUGAGUGCACAUUUUUUAGUCAAAAUGUCAUGCAGUGUUAAGUGCAAUGCCCUCCAAAAUUCUAAGUAUAUUACAUCGGCACAACUGCUGUUAUAAACCACACUUGUAAUCUUACCAAAAGAACAAGGUCACAUUUCUUUGACAAGAUCUCUUUUCCAGAAAACCAUGUUGAUAGAAAUAUAAUUAAACCCAAUUCUUUAUCAACUGACUCCCAAAUCAGCAUUUCCAUGAUUGUGUCCAGGAUUGAUAUUUGGCUAACCAGCCUAUAGUUACCCUAGUGGAGUCCACUUGCCCUUUUCGAAUAUUGGUACUCUUUCCCCCCCCAAAAUAUUCAUUUAUAAUAAUUAUCAUCAAAGUCAGGUAUCUCAGUCAACUCUUAUAGGACUCUUGGGAUUAAGUUACCCGGAUCACCUGAUUUAAUUUUUUUUUUUUUAAUCUCAAGUAGAUGUUGAAUAACAUCCUCCUUAGUUACUAAUGGACUGGAAAGUACUUCAUUGUCCUUAUGUGAUAUAACUACAUUAUCCUUAUUU